GUGUUCAUGUGACCACGUUUUAUGUAACAACGUGGAGAACUGUGGGACUUGGCAGCUAUUCCAACUGAUUGACAUGCCGUACUGUACAGAGAUGUCUAAACAAUUUGUAAAUAAGAAAAUCGAAUAGCUGGCAUUAGACACUGUAUGCCAGCUUUAAACAAUGUCUCUCCCAGCUCCCGAAGAAGAAGAUCCGUUAAAGGAGAGAAGGGUUUUUUUCAUAGCAGCCGAAAGCGAUUUCGACUGGGACGAAGAGCAGGACCAUGUAGAUCACCAGAGACUCAUUUUAGUAAAAGCUGACGCUUUGGCGUCCGAAAACCGUCUUAAAGAAGCCAUUGAUAUCUUUUCCAUGGCUUUGAGGUAUGGUUCUGUGCGGCCGGAUCAGCUUAGCCCACUGGUGGAGUGCAUUCUGCGGAACUUCAAGAAAAAGGUUGAAGAGGAGACGCCUGUUUUAACAAAGAUUCACCAGACAGGUGCUGAGGAUAAUGUGUUCAACUGCCCAGGAUGUCACAGCUUUCUAGGCGAACCUGUCACAGUCGUAUGUGGGCAUUCGUACUGUAAGAGAUGUUCACAACUAGGCCUUUUCUCUAAAUGCAAGCUCUGCAACGAGGACUUAACGAUAAGGCCCGGACUGCUCCGAACCAACGUGAUUUUGAGCGGAUUUUUGGAAAAAUGUUUCCCCGAUGAAAUGCAAAGGUCUAAAACGAUAACCGAGACAGAUUGUUUAAUCAGAAGAAAAAAGUUUGAAGAGGCUCUUGCGCUAGCUAACAAUUUAAUAGAUACAGAUCCUGAUGAUGUGCGUGUUCGUGCUUCCCGAGCAGACGCCUUAGUCGGGUUAGGGCAGCAUGUAAACGCCCUGGAGGAUCUGGACAUUUGUUUGACCUCUGCCCCCUCGUCAGAGGGCUAUUACCGUAAGGCCAAGGUCUUGCAAGAGAUGGGCCACGUAGAUGAAUCUCUGCAAGUCUUCCUACAUUGCCUGGCUUUGGAUGAGAGCUUCCGUCAAGCUAAGCAUGAAGUAGAGCUGAUUGUCCACAGCCUGCUGUCUCCUGCCUGUGACAGUGUGAAGGUGGGUCUGCGAGAAACAGCCCAUAACACCUCCCCUCUCCUGCGCAGCAAGACUCAGGUGUCAGACCUCCACCAGGAGAAGAGUCCCCCCCACGCCCACACCUAUGCCCAACAGCAGCAGCAACAGGAGGUCCAGAGCUCCCCCCGUCGCCAGGCACCUCCCCGGGCAGCCUCUGCUCACCCCCCUCCGGACCCCCCAGAGAGGGUGGGUCGGUCGGAGAGUCUGGAGCGGCCCGGCCUGAGCCGAGCACUUUCCAUGCGCACCCACGGCCUGGGCGGGGUCGGGGGAGAGGGGAUGAAGCGAGUGUACUCCGCGCCCCAGCUGGGUGACCAGGAGAAGGGCUCGCUGCUGAAGAGGAAGUGGCCAGUGUCUGAUGCUGGACCAUCUGUCAUCUACAGCGGAGGCAACAAGCAUAAAAAGCAAGGAGUGACCAGAAGUGCUUGCACUGGAAGGGCCUCCCCCACCUCUCACAGGACUGUGGCCAGGGACUUGCUGAAAGCCACUGACUUUGAGUGCUCCCUCUGUAUGCGAUUGUUCUAUGAGCCAGUAACGACACCCUGCGGCCAUACCUUCUGUAAAAGCUGUCUCGAGCGCUGUCUAGACCACACCCCACAGUGCCCCCUCUGCAAAGAGAGCCUCAAAGAGUACCUUGCCUGUAGAAAGUACAACAUUACGAGAAUACUGAACCAUGUAAUAGUGGAACACCUGUCAGAGGAGCACUCGGAGAGGGAGAAGGUCCACGUGGAAGAGACCAAAGAGCUAUCUGACCUGACGAAGAAUGUGCCCAUCUUUGUGUGCACCAUGGCCUAUCCCACAGUGCCUUGCCCGCUGCACGUCUUCGAGCCGCGCUACCGCCUCAUGAUCCGCCGCUGCAUGGAGACGGGCACGCGCCAGUUCGGCAUGUGCAUCAGUGACUCCCAGAAGGGGUUCGUGGACAACGGCUGCAUGCUCUUCAUCCGGAGCGUCCACUUUCUGCCUGAUGGACGCUCCGUGGUGGACACCAUUGGGGGGAAGCGCUUUCGCGUGCUUUCCCGUGCCAUGAGGGACGGAUACUGCAUUGCCGACAUCGAGUAUUUAGAUGACACCAAGGUGAAUGAUGGUGAGGAGCUGCUCAAACUACAGGAGCUGCAUGAUCAGGUGUAUGAGCAGGCCUAUACCUGGUUCCAGAACCUCAAAACCCGCUUCCGCAACCAAAUCCUGCAGCACUUUGGGCCCAUGCCUGAGAGAGAAGCAGACAUCCAGGCCACUCCUAACGGGCCGGCGUGUUGUUGGUGGCUGCUGGCGGUGCUGCCCGUGGACCCGCGCUAUCAGCUCUCCGUGCUCUCCAUGACCACGCUGCGUGAACGCCUGCUCAAGAUCCAGCACAUCCUCACCUACCUGCAGAGCACCCCCAACGAAUAGAGCUUCCAUGCGUCAUACUCACACACACACACACACACACACACACACUCACACACACGUGCAGACACAGAUCUUCCAGCGCCAGGCGGCCAACCUGAGCCUGUCCAUCUUACCUGGGGAUGAUGGCUGAUGACCUCCUUCCAGCAGCAGCAGCAGCAGCCUGGGCUCAACAGCAGAGACACUACCAGCCCUGACAGACACUUGUGGGGAAAAUACUAGUCCCUCUCCAUCUCUUUGUUUUUCUCUCCCCCCCCCCCCCCCCCCCCCCCCCCUUUCAACCUUCCUCAUGCUCUUUCUCUUUCUCUCGGGCUAGUAUUCACACACUAUGCUAUUUCUCUCUCCGACUCUCAGUGCAUAUACAUCAGUGGCAGACGAGCACAAGGACUCUGUCUAACCAUGUCCAUGAGACUGUGACUAGGAACAACCCUGUGUCUAGGAAGGAGGUGUUCUGUCAUGGCCCAUGGUGGCUCAAGCAACAGCAAGAUAUGCUGGUGUUUGUAGUCUCAAUCCCAGAGAUUUAGCUGUGUGUGUGUGUGUGUGUGUGUGUGUGUGUGUGUGUGUGUGUGUGUGUGUGUGUGUGUGUGUGUGUGUGUGUGUGUGUGUGUCUGGAUGUGUGUGUGUGUGUGUGUGUCUGGAUGUGUGUCUGGAUGUGUGUCUGUGUUUAUGAGAGGAUUAGAUGAGUCUUCAAAUAUCCUGAAUGCUGAGGGGAAGUGCCGGUUUACAAAACAAAAAACCUUCCAAGCAACUUAGUGUUGCUAAGUCACUGAGUUUUAUCACACCGAAUACGCACAAAAUGGCCACCUCAUACCUAUGGGUAUACACAUUCAUUGAGUGUGAUGGGCAGAACAUAUAUUUGACCUCUUAUUUUAUUUGUUUGUAUUGUUUUUUUCUGUUGGCUUCCAUAACCGCCAGGAACAAUGAUUAAAAAAAAAUUUAAAAAAAGGAAAACUGCAAACACGCACAGUGGGCACUCUCCCCUGAUGAACUUUGAUGGGCAGAGAGGGCUGUCAUUAUUAUGGCUAUUCUGUCUCAAGGACCCCUAGCCACAAACUGUCUCAACAGCUUCUGACCACACAGCUGAGGUAUGAUGGCUUUGGCUGAGUAGUGAGGAUAUUACACUUACGGUCACAAGACUUUAAUGGAUAAAUCUGUCAUCCUAAGCCAAAAGUCCUGAUCAGUCCAAUGUCAAGCAUGAGGAAAUCUGUUUAUCUCGCAAAAGCGAAGACAAAUUGGCUAAUCUCUAGUCAUCUGGAGUCUGGUUCUCGUGACGACCCAGUGGGACACCUAAUGUUUUUUGCCUUAAACCACACUUGCAUUCUGCCACUUUGGCGCAGUGCAUGAGCAUCCCUCUUCCUUUUUUUUGCAUUCCUUUUGCUGGAGUUGAUCGUUCUGGUGUAGUUUUCACUUUCAGUCGCAACCUUGCGGCCAAAUCAUUGUGUACAAAACAUUGAAGAAAAAAAUGCAAAACAGAAAUAAAAUAAACGUGUGUCCAAUAAA